ACUCCACUCCACUGCUACACUCCUGCCACUGCGAGAGGAAACGUGAGGAAGACAAGCAGGACGCCAUUGCCAUGCCUUCCUCCUCCUCGUCUUCCCUCGAGCCGGACCACCACCCUGCCCUCCGCAGACAAGGCGACACCGAGGGCGCCGUCUCGUUCCUGCGAACGCAGCACGACGUGGACGCGGUGUGCGACAAGUACGGCGUCCCCAGGGACCGGUACACCGCGCGCCCCGCCGGCGACCUGCGCGCGAGCUCGCCCCCGCCGCCGGGGUGCGUCUGCGUGUACGCGGAGGCCCUGGAGGCCGGCAUGCGCGUCCCGCUGCACGGCUUCUUCUGCGACGUGCUCGCCCAUUUCGGCAUCGCGCCCACCCAGCUCGCGCCCAACGGGUGGCGCAUCUUGGCGGGCUUCCUCGUGCUCUGCCACUCCGCCGACGUGCCGCCGUCGCUGCCCGUGUUCCGGUACUUCUUCCUGCUGUCCAUCGUCAACCACAAGCACAGAGGCUGCUACUUUUUCCGAUCCAGGGACAACUCCGGCCUGCGCUUCAAGGGGAUGCCGAGCUGCAUCAAGGACUGGAAGAACUCGUUCUUCUUCCUGUCGUCGCCGGAGCCGUGGCCUUUCCCCGUGGAGUGGGGCGAGCCGUCCAAGAGCUCUUUCAUGGUGCCGGUACUUGACAGCGAGAGGAAGAAACACGCGGCGAAGCUACUGCGCAGUUACGCCAGCGCCGCCGUUGACAUCGAUACAUGUCUCUCCGACAGCAACCUCGCAGCCGCCAUGGCACCUGCUGCAUCUGCGCGGCGGCCGCCGCCGCCGGCUUCUUUUACUCGCAUUGCUUCCGAUUCCAAAGGCAUGGAUCCCUCUGUCUACGAGAUAAUGAAGCAUGUGCUGGCGGAGAAGGCGGCCGCUCAGGCGUCGGCGUCGGCGAAGAAGGCGAAAGCCGAGCCGGGCAGCCACGCGCCAGGGUCGCCGCCGUUGUGCGCAAAGAAGAGGAAUCUGGAGGAAGCCAGCAGCGAGGAGGGCCCGCCUCGUUCUCUGCUGAACACGCCGCUGUCCGGGAUGCGCUCGCCACCGCCGGGGUUUCCCAUCAGCCACGACGGAGACGGCACGGGCUGGGAGGCUGCACGGGAGCUGCUGCAGGGCGCCGUCGCGCCACCGCAGCAGCGCGCGUUUGCGGCGACCGAGCCGUCAGAUGUCAUCGCAGCGAGCUAUGUUGCGAUUCUCCAGGCGGCGAACUACGUGUCGUCGUCCUUGGGCUACGCGCUGGAGCUGGAAGAGAAGCUGGCGGCGCAGGACGUGGAGGUCGCGGCGCUAGAGAAGCAGCUGGAGGAGACGAAGGCCGAGCUCGCCGCGGCGAGGGCGGAGUGGGACAGUGCGUGAGGGGCGCGCGCGGCGGCUCGCAGAGCACGCGCUGGAGCGCUGGAGGAGUGGUAGGGGAGCGGCACGGAGGACAUGAGGCCGCGUCGUUAGGAGACUCGUUGUCCCGUGCACAGAGAAAAUGGAGUAUGUCAUUGCCAAUUUCUCAACGUAUGCCUUCAUUGAACUGGCAUCAAAAGAUUGGUUCGCGGCCUCUGAAAAAGAAAAUAACAUGUAAUUCCUCAGCGUAGUCCUGUCAAAAUCGCGACCUCAAGUUUCUUAAUCUAGUCAAGUCUCAAUGGUCAAA